UUGGGGCAGGUUCCACCGGGUGUGUACUGGCCAGUCGCUUGUCUGAGGACAAAGAUGUCUCCGUGCUGUUGCUAGAGGCUGGAGGUGACGACCGCGGCAACGACAUCAUCAAGACUCCCGGCAAGUCGCACUUGGUGAUGCACACAGAGUUUGAUUGGGAGUAUUACACGGUGCCACAGAAACAUGGACUCAAGGGAUAUAAUGAGAGGAAAGCAUACUGGCCGCGAGGGCGAGGUCUCGGCGGCACCUCCAACCUCUACAGCAUGGUGGUGAUCCGAGGCCAUCGACUGGACUACGACCGUUGGGCGGCCGGCGGCGCCGAGGGCUGGAGCUAUGACGAAGUUUUACCUUUCUUUCUCAAAUCUGAAGAUAUGACCGACCCAGAAUUGGCCAAGGACACAAAGUACCACAGCACUGGUGGACCAAUGAAAGUCUCCGUACCCCACACGAUGCCACUCACAGACAUACUUAUCAAUGCCGGCCUUGAACUCGGCUUCCAGGUCACAGAUCCGAAUGCUGAGAAAAUGAAGGGUAUAUCCCACACACAGUCCAACUCCUACAAAGGGGUCAGAUGGAGCUCGUCACGUGGCUACUUGCAUCCAGUACUGUCCCGGGAGAACUUGCACGUAAAGAUCAACUCUCACGUGACCAGGAUCCUGUUUGAGGGCAAGAGAGCGGUGGGAGUUGAGUUUAUCUACAAUGGAAGAAAGGAAAGAGUCAGAGCAAACAAAGAGAUCAUCCUCUCUGGUGGAGCAGUCGGCUCACCACAGAUCCUCAUGCUCAGCGGCAUUGGACCAAGGAAGCACUUAGAGGAGCUUGGAAUCCCAGUAGUCGCUGACCUGCCAGUGGGUCAGAACUUGCAGGACCAUCUGUUCUUUGAGUACUCCAUCGGUCUUGAUGAGGUGGUCAGUGCUACCAAGGAAAUACAGGAAUCCCUGUGGACCUGGCUGAAGCUUAAACUGUUUGGAACAGGUGUGCUCAGUUCCAGCCAUUACGUGGAAGUACAGGUGUUUGACAACACGGGCGAGGAGAGCAAGAAGCUCGACUACCCGGAUCUACAGAUCAUGUUCCAUCAAACUCCGUGGAGAGUUGAGGCACUGAAGAAUUUCGGCUACAGCGAGGAGACAUUAAAGGAGUCCAGCCUGAGAGAGACACACAAGGAUAUGUUUAACUGCGAGUCUUCACUCCUUAGACCUGCCAGUGUUGGGUACAUCAAGUUGAAAUCCAAGGACCCCUUUGACUACCCCAUUAUUGAUCCUAACUACCUUCAUAAACAAGAGGACGUCGACCUUAUAGUCAGAGGAAUCAAUCUAUGCAAGAAGUUUAUGGGCACAUCCUACCUGAAGAAACUGGGUGGCAAGCCGGCAGACAGACCCAACCGGUUCUGUGCUAGCCACAAGUAUGACACCGACGAGUACUGGGAGUGUAUGGUCCGUCAGAAGAUCCACACCAUCUACCACCCCUCUGGAACCUGCAAGAUGGGCAACGCCAGUGACCCCACUGCUGUGGUAGAUCCACAGCUGAGAGUUAUCGGCGUGCAGGGCCUACGUGUUGCUGACACCUCCAUCAUGCCAGACAUCGUUUCCGGAAACACGCACACGCCAGUGGUAAUGAUCGGGGAGAAGGCAGCUUACAUGAUCCGUGGCCGAUAG